CAGAAACUAAUUCAGAACAACAGUAAUUUGUCUCACUACCCUAAGGAUUCUAAAUUUGUACAGCAGCUGGGCAAGAGAGCCAGAGAUGAAGACCAAAACCAGUUCUUUGAGAAGUUCCCUGGUACAGAUGCAAAAAAGGACAAGGGAAUGGUCAGACUGGUGGCAAAAACCCCAUGCAGUUGGGUUGAAGGAAAAGAAAAGAACAAGACAGAUGAUGAUAGAAAGUUGGAUGGGCAAGGAAUCAAGGAUGAGGCAAGAUUUACUGGUAGUGCUCAAAGCCUUUCUGCAACAUUUCAGGCUAGGAUUGAUGGAAUGCUUAGACCAUUGGAGAAAGACAUUGAGAAGAAGAUGAAAGGGAAAGAUAAGACCAAACAAAAGGAAACGAAUGAUAAAAACGAGGAUCAAUACAAGGAUAAAGAGAAAAAAGGCAAAGAGAAGGAUAAAGUCAGGGAUAAGGAGAAGAAAAAGGAAGAGAAAGAGAAGGAGAAAAGGGAACGUAAGAAAAAAGAGCCGGAUAAAUUGAAGGAAAGCAAUAUGUCUAACAUUGUAGGUAACCAUACUGUAAAAGCCUCCCAUCUUUCCAAGGAGAGCUUUAAUGGUGCUGUUGAUGAAGUAAAUAUCAAGAAACGAAAGGACUUGGACACAAAUGGAUUUUUGCAUGCUAAUGAUGUUAAGCCCGAUAAGUUGCCAAGACCUAUUUCCUUGCCUCAAUCUGCUGAGAAUGGAAGGAUGUUGGGAACUUGCGAAAAUCCCACUGCAGCUAUACGAGAUAAGCAGGAGGCUGCCAAUAUGGAUAAGGUGGAUAAUAAAGGACACAAGAUAAAUGGUUUGAUAGAAGCUCGAGCUCCGUCCAUCUCCUCAACAACUCAUCCUCUAUCUAUCUCUUUAAUGAAGUCUUUAACAAAUCCAUCACAUUCUACUGCUCAAACUGAUGAAAUAGCUGAAGUGUCUAGGAAACAACCCCAUCCUGAUUCCAAGUAUCUGCCUGAUGUGCUUAAAGUACCCAAAAUGGAAGACUGGUCUGAUUUUGAGGACCAAGAAUGGCUAUUUCAGAGUACUUGUUCCCAAACAAAGAAGCCCCAGGUUGAGGUUUCAGUGGUCGAUGAGAAACGAGAGGUGUGGUCAGAAGCUCUGCAGAUUGGAGCGACUGAUGUUUAUGCACUGCCAUACGUUAUUCCAUAUUGAUGAUUUGUGCAGUUGGACAUGGUUGACCAUCCUCAGCGUCUAAUGUGAUGGACCCUCCAUAGGACCACAGAGGAGAGGUAUAGCCUCUGGGCCUUGGGUUGGCUAUUUGAUUCUCAACUGCCUCAGUUUCGAGACGGUGGUGAUGUGUGUUCUUUAACUGCCUGAGUUUUGAAAAGGUGGAGAAUGCAAAUGAUCUCGGACCCUUCAUUGUGUACUAGGAUGAGCACAGAUACAAGGGUGUUGCUGAAGGGCAGAUUUUUCCUCGUGGUACAGAAUCACUAAUUCGAUCAGAAAAAGCAACCCAGCGGGGUUGCUUGGAAGAGAGUUUUGAAAGGUGGAGAAUGCAAAUGAUCUCGGACCCUUCAUUGUAUACUAGGGUGAGCACAGAUACAAGGGUAUUGCUGAAGGGCAGAAACCCAGCGGGGUUGCUUGGAAGAGAUGCAUAAGCGUGUGCAAUUUUAUUUUAUUUUGUUUGCCUAAAGCCUAGCUCUUUUUAGUUGAAAAUGUAGAAGAAAAAGGCUGUGGUCUUGGCAACUCCACAAAAAUUUUGAAAUGUAACAUACAAGGCUUAUUUACAGAAAAUGUAAGAUGGAAGAAAAGUUAGCAUUCAUUUA